AUUCCGUCAGAUAUUUAUUUGGGUUUAUUUCAAUCAAUCUCUCAGCUCAUUGAUUCGUAAAUAAGGUUUCCUCCAGAUCCAGGGAGGGGAUUCAAAAAACAAAAUGGAGGAGUCACCGCACUCGAAUUUGCUUCCGGAAGUCGAUUCUUUACCCGAUGGAUUCGUCGACGGCGCUACAGAGCCACCACCUCUCAAUUCUCCCAAGACCCAGGAAGAAACUUGUAUCACAACAACAACGAACCAUGAAGCUGUUGCCGUCGAGAAAGCAGAGAAGCCGAGAACUUUCCCCGUUCCCUUGUGUGAAACAGAUGGUAAUGAUGACGACGACGUAGAUGACCUAAUUCAAGAUUCGAGCAAGCUUAGCUUAGAGCAUAAAGAAGAAGAAGAAGAAGCUUCUCCUCCUGUUUGUCAAACAUUAUCAGAAGGGUCAACUCAAAAUCCAACCUUUUCUAAGGAAACAGACUCGACUCAGAGUAUGGAUUCGCUCAAACCCAAGAAACAAGAGACGGUUGAGACUAAGCGUAAGGGUUCAAAGAAUAUGUUUAAAUCAGAGAAAGAGUUUCUUGAAUUCAUGCUCAAGUAUCAGCAAGUACUUUCUGAAAGAGAUUCUGCUAUUACUGUCCGUGAUAAGCUUGAGUCGCUUUGUAGAGAGUUACAACGUCAAAACAAACUGUUGAUGGAAGAAUGCAAGCGGGUGUCAACUGAGGGACAGAGUUUAAGAUCAGAUUUAUCGACAAAGUUCCAGGAUGCAAUAAAGGAUGUGAGCAUUAAGUUGGACGAGCAAAAGGAUGAAAGCCUCGCACAACUAAAAGAAAAUGAGAUGUUGAGGACGAAGUUGAAGCACCUGGCUGAUCAAUAUACACUUUCAGAACAACAACAUGAGCAAAGAUUGAAGCAGAAGACACUUGAGCUACAGAUCUCUGCUUUAAAAAUUAAACAGCAUGAGGAGAAACUCAUCCAUGAACAGUCUCAGAUGAAAGUUUAUGCAGACCAAGUUUCUCAGCUUUUAUCUACUGAGAAAAAUUUGCGGUUGCAGCUAACUGCUGAUGGAGAUAAAUUCCAGCAGUUCCAGGAUGCGUUGGUGAAGAGCAACGAGGUGUUUGAAACAUUCAAACAAGAAAUUGAUAAGAUGUCAAAAGCAAUCAAAGAACUUAGGAAAGAAAACGCAUUCUUGAAGAGCAAAAGUGAGAAGUCUGAUAUCACUCUCAUUGAACUCGUUGAAGAGCGUGAAAGAUUGAAGAAACUGUUGGAGAAGACUAAGAAACAGAAAGAUAAACUUGAGUCGCUAUGCAGAUCCCUUCAAGCUGAAAGAAAACAGAAGGAAACUAACAGUGCCGAUUCUGCUGCAGUUCAACCAUGAAGCAGAGAAAGACUAUGAAUUAAGUUUUUUUGCUUGUUUGCUUUGUCAGAGUUGAACUAAUUAGCACUUCAGUUUAUUAUUUUUAUUUAUUAAAAAACUGCAUUAGACACCAAAUUCACUUGACAAUGUCAUAUAACAUCAAAUGAUUCUGCC